GAUGGCGCUGCGCGAAGAGCCUCGCUCGACACAAACUCGGCGACUCCGCGCCUCCAGGCGGCACCACCGCCGCCCCUCCGACGAGGAAACGGGCGCAGAGCGGCUCACGGGCUUCCCGCGGGGAGGGCGGGGGCGCCGUGCGGACUGCAGAGCCGGAGGCCGGGGCCCCGCCCGCACCUCCGGGAGCGCUGCCGUUCGGCCCGCCCGCCGGGGUUGCCGCGCAUGCGCACAGUCGGCCGGCUGGCCGGGCGCCACAUCCGGGCCCGCGCGGUUGCCAUAGCAGCGGGGUCGCGGCGGGCGCACGGACAGGUCUUGAGGUGGCGGGCCAGGCGGCCCGCGGAGCCCCGGAACCGGACCGCUGCGCCCGCAGCGCCACAGCCAUGUCGCUGGGCACCGGGGAUCCGGCUUCGGAGACAGGAGAUGACAGUCUGUCGGCGAUUACCUUCGACUCCGACUUUGAGACGAAAACAAAGAGGAAAAGUGGCCACAAACCUCCAUCCACAUCGCCCAAGUCGCCGUAUUACUGCAAGCCGAGGACCGCGGCCAGCGGGCGGCCCCCGAGGACGGCGGCGAACAUGCCCCUGGGAAGCAGGACGCCUCUGACGCCACAGAGGCUGUGGCUGGGAAGUGCCAGGCAAGGUCUCGCCCCGGGGACGCCGGUCUACAGAGAGAAGGAGGACAUGUAUGACGAGAUCAUGGACUUGAAGAAGUCGCUGCACAUGCAGAGAAGCGAUGCAGACCUGCUGAGGACGAAGCUCCGGCGCCUCGAGGAGGAGAACAGCCGGAAGGACCGGCAGAUCGAGCAGCUGCUGGACCCGUCCCGAGGCCCGGAUUUUGUGUGGACUCUGGGAGAGAAAAGGCCGGACGCUGGCUGGGUCAUCAAUGGGCUGAAGCAGAGGGUCCUGCGGCUGGAGCAGCAGUGCAAGGACAAGGACAGCACCAUCAGCAAGCUGCAGGCGGACAUGAAGACCACGAGCUUGGAGGAGAUGCGGAUCGUCAUGGAGACGUGCUACGAGGAGAUCCACCGCCUCCAGACGCUGCUGGCGAGCUCGGAACCGUCGGGACGGAAGCCCGCGGGGGAGCGGAAGGCCGGCCUGCGGCGGCAGCGGAAGCUGAGCGGCGCGCUGCUGAGCCUGUCCCGCAGCGUGCAGGAGCUCACCGAGGAGAACCAGAGCCUGAAGGAGGACCUGGACCGCGUGCUCAGCAGCUCACCCACCGUCGCCCGGACCAAGGGGUGUGUGGAGUGGAGCAAGCCCCGGCUGCUGCGGCGGAUCGCGGAGCUGGAGAAGAUCAGGUCGCUGGAGAGCCCCCCGCCGCAGGCCCCAGACGGGGGCCGGUCCGAUGCCCUGGCGCUCUGCGUGUCCAGCACGUGGGGACACCCGCAGCCGCGCCCCGAGCCCCAGGAGGACGGCGAGCGCCACCAGGACAGCGAGCGCCAGGAGGACAGCGAGCGGCUCCGGGGCGCCCUGCGGAGCCUGAAGGGCGAGCGGAAGGCCCUGCGGGCCCAGCUGCAGGAGAGAGAGUCUCCGAAAGCCCGUCCUCAGCCCGUCACCGGUGGGACAGGAAUGGCCACGUGCGCGCAGCUCCUGGGAGGUGCCUGGGGACGCCUAUGCCCAGGACGUCUGGAGGUGAGGCAGCUGCUGCAGGCCAAGGCCGACGUGGAGAAGGAGCUGGAGGAGGUGCGGCGAGGAGAGGAGGCCAGGCGAGCGCGGGAGGCGGCCCUGAGAGAGGAAAUCCAAGCACUGACCUGGAAGUGUCAGGACCUGCAGGCAGCGAAGGAGGCAGAGGAAGACGACCCCACGGAGGGGACCACUGAGGCCCCGGAGGAGCCCGGGCCUGGGCCUGCCGGCAGUCCCUCUCCACAGCACUCGGAGCCCGGCGCCAGCGAGGACAGCCCGUCCCAGCCCUGCGCCUGCUCCGAGCAGCAGAGACACGCGGCCGCCAGCACCCUUCAGGCCCGGUGGAAGGUGUACAGGCGCCAGAAGAGGGAGGCCGCGCUGGACGAGGUGAGCAGGUUUGGUUCCCCGAUGCCAGAAAAGGCGGCCACGGUGCUCCAGGCGGCCUUCCGCGGACACCUGGCUCGGGAGGGGCUAUUGGCGAGCCCAGCGUGUGGUCCCGGACCGCCCAGUGUGCCCGGCCUCCCCAGCCAGAGCCCUCCCUCACCCCACCCUCCGAGCCCCGUUGUCCAGGCUGAGGGCGACCCCAGGCAGGAGGCGGCUGUCACCCUCAUCCAGUCAGUCUUCCGGGCGCACCUGGCACGGGUCAGGCACAGGACCGGGGCGCUCCCUGCAGCCUCUACCAGAUCGGCUAUUCCGGCCACACUCAGCGCGCCCUCCCCGCCAGCCCCCCCUGUGGCGCCUGCUGGUCAGGAAGACGGUGAAGUGAGUGGCGGGGACGCCAUGGAGGGCCCAGCCCCGCAGCCCUGCCCUGCCGAGCCCCCUCCCUCGUCUGCGCCCUGGGAAGACGUCUCCUCGGACGACUCGGACGAAGUCAUCAUGGCUCCAGCUCUGCCCACGAAGAGAAGCCCCUCCCUGCCCCCCGCCCUGGGUCCCUGCGGGCGCGCCGCACACGGGGACGCUCUGUCCGCGGAAAGCUAGGUUAGCAGGACAGAGACACUGGGAAGUCACUUACCUUUAGGGAAGGAACAGGACCUGCUCUCCCUCGGCACCUCCGGCUUCUCGUGUGGCUGGUUUGUGUGAGGCCCGAGCGCCUCCCCCUCCCCGUGGGGCCGGUGGUCGCCCCUGCCCGGUGCCCCGUGUCCACAGGGCGGUGUCAGGGCCGGGAGCCACCUUGGCCCGAAGGAAGCUUUUGCACCAUCUGUGGGCUCGAGCCCCCCCUCCCUCCCACCGUUACCGCUGGGCCUGUCCCGGUGCAGAGCUGGGGGCAGGAAAGCCCCGGCAGGUGCUGCAUGAUUCCAAGGCGCCCUCCGCCCAAAGCCGACCUCUGCGAGGCUGUCCCUCCGGGAGCUCCAGGCGAUGGGCCCUGCGGGAGCCUCCGGGGCUGGAGGGCAGGCCCUGCCGAGGGGGCGGGCAGGCUCCAGGGCAUCCAGAGGCCUGGCCACGGGCAGAGCUGGGAAGGGAAAGGCGGGACGAGCCCUGGACUGGUGUGCUGGGUGUGUGUAUGUCCUGUGCCCUGUCCUGGGCCCAGCACUACUGGGCUGCUCCACGCACACGGCCUCGCCGCUGCCCCAGCACACGCCGAGCCUCCCUGACGGCCGUGCAGCGUGCAGCCUGCCUGUGGCCCCUCAGACCCUGCGACUCUUCCCCGGGGAUGCCCCUGCCCCUGCCGGGCGCGCGUGCCGAGCUCAGCCUAGGCUGGGACCCAGGGCCCGCCUUCCGCGUGCUGCCAGACUGGCCCCGCUGCUCCCGCACCCAGGUGGGCGCCAGCAGUGAGGCCCCCAGGGGGCAGGGCCAGGGCCAGGUGAGGGAGCAGGGCCUGCGUGAGCCUGGGGAGACUGGACAAGGCCCAGGAGCAGGGAUGUGGCCUCAGUGAGCGCCAGCAGCCCAGGUCCUGCGUGUCCAGGGUGGGGGGAGGGGUGGCUCUGGGCCAUUUCCCUGCAGCCCCUGUGCAUCACCUCGCACUUGACAGCGAGCACACCUGUCUCCCCAGACCCUGACCUGGCAGUGACACCAUCAGCCUGCGGAGCUGUGGGGGCACCUGCCGACACGGUCGGGUGCGGGGGGACCACCCCUCAGGCUCCAGGGCACCCCCCUCAGGGCCCGGCUGGCUGUCUAUCCCACAGGGUCACCUUUAGCUCACAUCCCCCCUCCCACACGGACAGACUACAGACUCGACUCGGGAGGCGGGCGCUGGCGGGAAGUGGCCCCAGACUCAGGCGGGAAGAGGAGGGGCUGACGCCAGGGCGCAUGUGGGGCUGCAGGGUUUGUGCAGUGUGUGGUCCCCCAGUGGGGGGGCGUGGCUGGGACAGCCUGGCCACCAGGCCCCAGGCUUCCAUGUGUGGGCCCUGGAUGUCGCUGUGCUGACCAGGGCUCAUCCCCGUGGGCAGGAGGGACGGACAUGGUCCUAAUGCAGGCGCUGCUGUGCCGUCCUGGAGGAGGAAGGGCCUGGGCGCCGGGAGAGGCAGGUGCCCAGCCCGGCUCUGCGGCCUUAGAAAGCCCAGCUGAGCCCAGGACGCCCUGGGAGCGGUGGCACCUGUUCUCGGGCUCUGAGGACCUGAGAGCGACACAGACCUGCUGGGCCCCACCUCCGGCCUCCAGCAGCUGACCGCCCCUCGUGCUUCCUGAAGACCCCAGGAGUCCCCUCUGAAUGUGGCCCUGGACGGUUGGGUGGGCGGGUCCCUGGCUGCACCUCGUUGCUGCGAGGCUCUGGGGAGCGGGGGUCCCCUCUGCUCCUGCUGCUGGCCUUUGUGAAUAAACGCAGUUUGCAGCGUAUUUGUCACCAUCGCCCGUAAACCCGC